GAUUUUAGUUCAGCAGAAACACAGUUACGUGCGCAGUGACAGAAUCGGUCGGGGAACAUUGUUUUGGUUUUGUAAGUGGUUCAGUAUUGUAUAAAGGUUUUAACAAACAGAUUUUUAUAGAAGUGCAAAUACUCUAGUUUUUAAUAAAUUUAUACGAGGCGUUAACGUAGUUUUUGAUAAUAAAAGUAAGUGAAUAAGUGCAAGUAUUUGACAUAACCUAACUUCUGACAACAACAAGGAAAUUUAAUUUGAAGUUUUCAAACUUUGUGAUAGUGUCUUUCGUGACGAACAAAAUCAAAGUGGAUAUUUACAAUUUAGUGAGUUAUAUGUAAUAUAUGUGUAUAUUCGAGCAUCUUGCUACUUUCUUUACUGUUAUUUGACGACCUACUUAUAAUAACUGUUUAAGUAACGUGAAAUCAGGUAAAUAAAUCUCAAAAUGCCUGUGGAAAUCAUCGUUCCCGUUUGUGCACUAUGAGUUAAAUCGGGUGGUGAAAGAGGUUAAUCUUUGUAAAUUGUUAAGAUGCGUUGCCACAAAAAAACCAAGGAAAGUGGGUUUUUCGAAGGCGAUUCGUCUGAUACGGACGGUAUUAAUAUGGGAAAAGCCAUGAAAAGGACUAAUAUGUGCAGUACUUCCAGUGAGUCCAAAAGGAAGCCAGAGUAUACCCAGGACGAACUGGAUUCUCAUAUCAGGAAAAGUGACCCAGACGUUAACCUUUCCGGAAUUGGAAGGGUUGAUAUGUCACACUUCGAUUUGCUCAAAGUUCUAGGCACAGGAGCUUAUGGUAAAGUGUUCCUAGUUAGAAAACGAGGCGGUUCGGAUGACGGCCGCUUGUAUGCCAUGAAAGUACUGAAAAAGGCAACGAUAGUCCAAAAGAAAAAAACGACUGAGCACACUAAAACCGAAAGACAAGUCCUCGAGGCCGUCCGCGACAAUCCCUUCCUAGUUACCUUACACUAUGCCUUCCAGACGGAUGCCAAACUACAUCUCAUAUUAGAUUACGUAGCGGGAGGAGAGCUGUUUACUCAUUUGUACCAAAGAGAUCAUUUCACAGAAGAUGAAGUUCGCAUUUACAUAGGAGAAAUUAUAUUGGCUUUAGAACAUUUACAUACCUUGGGCAUCAUCUAUAGAGAUAUUAAACUGGAGAACAUCCUGGUGGACGAAACGGGUCACAUCGUUCUCACGGACUUCGGAUUAAGCAAGGAGCUCCCGAGGGAGGAUUCCAAGCAAAGAGCAUAUUCCUUUUGCGGGACCAUCGAGUACAUGGCGCCCGAAGUGGUUAAAGCUGGAACUCAGGGACACGACAUCGCUGUCGAUUGGUGGUCAGUUGGUGUCUUAACCUAUGAACUUUUGACUGGGGGAUCUCCGUUUACAGUGGAAGGCGAGAAAAAUACCCAACAAGAAAUUUCCAAAAGAAUAUUGAAGUCAGCUCCUCCGAUUCCAAAAUCUGUGGGAAAAGAUGUAGCAGAUUUUAUUAGCAAAUUAUUAGUAAAGGAUCCUAGGAAACGCUUAGGAGGUGGAGAGGAAGAUGCCAAAGAACUGAAACGACAUCCGUUCUUCAAAUGCUUGGAUUGGAAUAAGUUAGCCAGAAAGGAAAUACCCGCUCCAUUUAUACCUGUGAUAAGGAACGAAUUGGACGUGUCCAAUUUCAGCGAAGAAUUCACUGCUUUGCCCCCAACAGACUCCCCGGCCGUCGUUCCUCUCAAUUAUGACAAGAUCUUCAAGGGAUACUCCUACGUCGCACCUUCCGUUCUCUUCAGCAAAAACGUCAUAUCGGAUGAUCUCCUUCGACCCAACAAAGAGCACGCUAACAUCAAGAACUUCCGUUUGAGUAACAGUCCAUUUUUCCAAAACUUCGAUAUCGACUUCAAUGAAGAGAUCCUUGGAGACGGUACCUUCUCCAUCUGCAGGAAAUGUGUUAAUAGGCAAACCGACAAAGAAUAUGCUGUGAAGAUCGUGAGUAGAGCUAGAGAUUGUACCCAAGAGAUCAAUCUGUUAAGAGCCUGUCAAGGUAAUCCGAACAUAGUAACCCUGCACGAUGUUGUCCAAGACGAUAGUCACACAUAUCUCAUCAUGGAGUACUUAAAAGGAGGAGAGCUGUUCGAUCGAAUAAGAAGAAAGUCUAAAUUUACUGAAAGUGAAGCUUCUUUAAUUAUGAGGAAACUGGUAUCGGCUGUGAGCUUCAUGCAUUCGCGUGGGGUGGUCCACAGAGACCUUAAACCUGAGAACUUAGUAUUCACGACUGAAGAUGACGACGCCGAAAUUAAGAUAAUUGAUUUUGGCUUUGCUAGACUGAAACAGGAACAGGAAUCACUUCAUACUCCAUGUUUUACCCUUCAGUAUGCAGCUCCCGAAGUUUUGAAAGGAGACGUAGAAGGAUACGAUGAAAACUGUGAUUUGUGGAGUCUGGGAGUCAUACUCUAUACCAUGCUUUGUGGUAAGGCUCCGUUCCACGCUAGGUCCAGAGACGAGACUGUAUCUUCGAUAAUGACCAGAAUCAAAGAUGGAGACUUCAAUUUUGAUUCUGCCAACUGGCAGGGAGUCAGUAAAGAAGCCAAAUUCGUCGUCGAGGGUCUUUUGACAGUGGACCCUUCUCAAAGACUGAGAAUGAUCGAUCUCCAGAACAACAACUGGAUUCAAGGCAGUCAGAACUUCUCUCAAACACCUCUCAUGACGCCUGAUGUACUUGGAUCUACUGCUGAAAGAAUUCUCCAGACGACCUUCAGUGCCUUCCAUAAAGCGGAACGUGAAGGGUUCCGGCUUCAAGACGUCCUCAAUGCCAAGUUAGCGCAGCGCAGACGAAUGAAGAAGAGUUCCUCCGAUAAUAAUAGCUCCAGUUCGUCUUUCACCAGCGAGAGCUCGCUGAAGAGCGGCGCAGUUACCCCUGCGCGUUCGAAGCUCUCGCUCGAAUUGAUAAAGACUGAAGAACUCGUCGCUCCCGAGCCCCAGGAGACCACAAGAGUGAACGAAUCGAGCAGUUCUGAUUCCAGAACUUCUGACGCCUUUAGAGAAUCUACCAGCUCUAGUGGAAUCGUUGUAUCAGACAAAAAUUCCGUCGAUAGUAAGACCGAGAAGAAAAAGAGAGGCAGGAAGAGAUAUAUCCAGUCCAGGCAGAGCGAGAGGAUACGAAGAACUAGGUUAGAAAUCGACGGGGAACCCCCUAUGGAAUUCAUCUCCCUGCCGAAUAGGACUAGGAAACGUAAGAUCGAGGAAAUUGAUGGACUAGAAGAGCACCCUGAUACACCUCAAUCAAAAAUCAGAAAGAAAGUUUCUUCUAUGAAUAGAAAGAAAAAGCGGUAGACUAUUUUUAUUACGUUAUAUAGUUAUUAUUAGUUACAAGUCAUUUGUAGGUGUUAGAUUGAGGUGCAGACGCGUUUUGCCCCCAGAUUGUACGUACAAGCUGUCCCAAAUUCUAGGUAAUUCGGACGAAAGAAUGUAUCUUUCGUCAAUCGUAUUUAAAUUUGAAUAAGUGUGUAUUUAUUAUUGUUUAUAAGAACGAUCAAAAACUCUUUUUGGGACGUCCUGUACUAAAACUCAGUAUUUUGAGAAAAUCGUUGGGUAUACGCAAAAAUUUGGGGAAGUAGAGGUUUGUUACCAUAUAAAAAAAUCUAAAAAUGUGAUAAAAAUGGUUAUAUAUAAAUUUAAAAAAUCCCUGUAAGAUACACUUUUUGGUUACUUAGAUAAAAAUGCGAAGCUCUGUAGAUUGCGAUGGAGUCUAGUGAAACGAUUUGGUUCUAUUGAUAAUUGUGAAAGGCUGUGAUGAUGGAUUUCUCUAGCAAUUGUGAAAAAUGUACAAAAAUACAAAAUCCAAAUGAUACAAUGCAAACUACUAACCCAGAUGCAUAUGAAUUGAACCAAAACCAAUAUGCAGCACAAUUUUGUUUUUCUGCAUUAGAAUUUAUUUAACUACGUGGGCUAUCCAGAAAGUAUGUACAUUAAGUUUUGGAAUAGAAAAAAAAAACGAGCCCAAGAAAAAGAUUUUGUUAUAUACAUUUGAAAGAGACACUCAAGUACUAUUUUUCUACAUAAUCUCCCAACAAAUUCAGGUACUUAUGAGAUUUCAACUGGUGUCUUUAUAGACGGAGAGGCAGCGCUGAAAAAUCUCUUUCAAUUUACUAAAGCUAGAUUUUUCACAGUUGAUUACUGUGAGUGUGUAGAGAAACAUACUGCGGUCGGUCAAGCUAAACGUAGAACA